AUGGUCUCAAAAGAACUGUACGGACGCCAGUACCUCUUCUUUGCUACCUACAUGUUUCUCACUUCCUUCAACGCCGGUGCCGCCGACUCCCAGAACAUUGAGACUCUGAUUAUCCUAAGAUUCUUGGCUGUUGGUGGUUUUGUCGGCCAGACCAUUGGCUGGCGCUGGAUCGAAGGCGUCAUGGCUAUAUUCUCUGGCGUCCUCUGGCUUAUCUACACUCUUCUCAUCCCCGAAACCUAUGCACUAGUCCUACUUCGCAAGCGUGCCGCAGCCCUUUUGAAGCGAACCGGACAAGUGUACAAGAGCAAAUCCGACGUCGAGCAAGGCACUAAAUCUAUCGGCACGGCUUUUAAGACCGCUCUUAUCCGUCCAUGGCUCCUGCUAUUCCGCGAACCUAUCGUUCUGCUCCUAUCCCUAUACAUGACCGUUGUCUACGGAACGCUGUAUAUGCUCUUCGGCGCUUUCCCCAUCGUCUAUCAACAAGGUCGCGGUUAG